GCACAUAAUUUUCCCAUAAAAAAAAAAGAUUUUACAUAGAAUUUUGGGCCUGAUGAUUUGGGCCUGUAGAAGAGUUUUGGACUGGGGAAGGAUUGAAUUACUGCCCCUAAAUUGGUAGAUGAACGGGGCAGGAUACUAUGCUAACCCCUAAAGGGGUAGUGAUUUUCGACACCCUCCUUUUGAUUGGUCACUUAUCCAUUUAAUCAUUUGGUAAGUUGUAUUAAUGAAAGUUGCUUUUUAUUUUAUUUAUUGUAAUCUUGUAAAUUGGGAAAGCCUUAAUUGUGAUAAUAAUUAUGAAUGGGGAAGGAGAAAAACGUUGGAGGAGGAAAGUGCCUUUUCAGCUCCUAUAUUCCUCAUAUUCCCUCCCGAAAAAAUAGCACCCAUUUCUCUCCUCUGCAGAACUUGACGGUGGCCCUCUCCUCUGCAGAAAUCGAUGGCGGCCGGAAACCAUCGAGUUGCUCGCCGACGGUGGGAUCGCCUUCGCCGGCCGGAAACCCUCUCCCGACGUCUUCUCAGUCCAGCAAAGCCUCCCUCCGGCGGUCCACAACCUCCGUUCCGCCGACCCUCUCCCGUCCCUCUGUUCCCCUCGAGUCUCCUCCUAUCUCCAGCUGCCGCCAUCCUGGGAUCGUCUCUGACCUACCUUGUGGAUUGCUCGCACCAGUGGAGUGGUACGUGUACCAGUGGAGUGGUACGUGUACCAGUGGUGUGGUACGUGUACCAGUGGAGUGGUAUUUGUAUCAUUGAAGUGGUACUGCAUUGUUGCUCCGUUAUUGUUUAUCAUUGUUAUGAAAAAUAUCAUUGCACUGGUAUUGUUCUCACUCUAACCUACCUUGUGGAUUGCUCGCACCAAUGGAGUGGUACGUGUACCAGUGAAGUGGUACGUGGACCAGUGGAGUGGUACGUGCACCAGUGGAGUGGUACGUGUACCAGAGGAGUGGUACGUGUACCAGUGGAGUGGUACGUGUAAUUAAUGUACCAGUGAGAGAAAUUAAUUAUGUAAUUAAUGGGGGUGAUUUCG